ACCGAAGCGGUAUAGUUCCGACACAUGGCUGGAACGGAUCAACAUCCAUCAUUCAACAUCUUCCGUUAACAAUGCUCUAUAUCCUUGCAGCGAGAUGACAUUUUGCUGCUGGUAUUCAGCCCCGAAAUAAGCUUGCGCCUUGAGGACCAUUGAUCAUCCGCCGAACCUUCCCAUCUUGAUCCCGUAUUGGAUGGUUUCCAGCUCAGUGAUAACGCAAGAGCUACUUGUUCUUCUACUUCUUACAUUCCGUUUUAUUCUUCUUUUGCAUAGAUCGGGACAUCCCCUUCUUUCCCUGGGAUUAUUUAGAGAUAUAAGUAUAUAUCCACCAGGUUGAUCAUGGCAGAAGGGGAACCCUCGUACAUUGACUACGAGGCCUUCUUGGACCCUGAGUUCUCGCCCGCCUCCUUUGCCAAUUCAUUGGUUGUGGCCACGAACAAUGCGACAGAUACACCACUGGAUCUGUCAACACCGCUUUCACGGGUGCUUUUCGACCUCCAGGAAAUCGACACCCACAUUCAUACGCUAACUACCAAGUCGGCUCUACCGUUGUUGACGCACACGCGGGAUCAAACCGCUGCCGCAGGACAUGUCCUCAAGGAAGCAGAGGACCAGAUCUCCUCGGUAACGCAAGGGUACGAGCGGCUGGAAAAGGAGGUGCUUCGAAAAUGGGAAGCGGCCGACGAGGCCAGGGUAGCUGCAGAGAAAUCACUGGCCACUGUGCGACUUGCCAGAGCGGUCGGACGCUGCCUGGCACUCGGCAGACAGUUGGAGGGCCAACUGAGCGAGAUCAACGGCCGUGGCAUGACAGGAAGUGACAGCACGACGCCCUCCACAACACCUGUCAGGGAUGACUAUCGAACGCUGGAACGCGCUGCAUCCACGAUUGUGAGUCUACGUCGCAUGUUCUCGGCCACGGGAGUGGGAGAGGAAGGUCAUGGAUUAGACCGGGUCAAGGUCAUUCGUACGUUGAAAACGGAGCUCGCCAUCCCGGCCGAAAACAUGGUCAAGUCAAGAGCGCAGCAAGGCAUCCAUCGAUUCUCCAUGUCCGCCAGCUCCGCCGGGGGUGGGGGUCAAUCAGGCUACAAGCAAGCGCGCGAUUCGAGGGCGCGACUGAUCUCGGGAGUCACCAUCCUGUACUUGUUGUCGCCGGUACCUCAGAGCCUGGGGUCGGCGGCAGAAUUUCAACCGGAACUGCUUCUCUCUACGUUGCAGGGGUAUAUGCAGACAGCCAUUGUGACAUCUUUGAACAACCUUUCCCGAGCGCUGUCCAUGUUGCCAACGCUGGAGCGAACGCUUUCCGAGGUGUCCGGGCGAUGUCAGGACAUCUUUGCGCUCGAGGCCAUUCUCAGCAAUCUCCGACCGCCGUCCCAUCCACUACUACCCUCGUCGACGGCCUCCGACCGCAACGAAGGCGACACCUCUGCCGGCCAACACGGUAACAAGAACAAUCUGUUGCAGCCCCUUCUCAACUCCCUCGAUACCUCAUCACUUCCGUCGUACUUCUGGCGAUCCCUGGCUUCGUCGCUCACCGUGCGCACCCAGGAUAUCGUCAGCCGAGGCGGUGUCUCCGCUCGGACACUGAGAUCUAACCGGGAUCGACUGAAGAAGGAGAUCAAGGAAUGCGUAUUGCGAGGAUCCCAACUUCCGACGGCGACUCUCGGAACCGAAAGAGGACGCGCAGACUCAGGAGGCGGUGGAGGAGCAGGAAGUGGUAGUAGUGGGAACUGGGAGCGCGAGGCAGCAGUGAUGGUCAGCGCCGUGGCGGGUGUGCUAUAGAGAUAAUAUAACGAAGACGACAACAGGGUUAUAAUGAAAAAGAAACGUCCGGCUAACAUUCGGCUAUUUUCCCGUCCCUUAACCAUUUACACCCCCCCUAGCCCCCCUCCAUCUCUUUGCAUCUGCAUCGAAGCGCCCAUACCCGUAUACAACGCAUCUAGCGCUCACACCGCAUCCUAUCAGACCUACAUGCCGCCCUCCGGGUAAGCCCACCGACAGCAUAAAGAAAAAGCCAGAUCGAAAUUCACAAAGAAAAAAGAAAAAUCAAAAAGAGCACGGACUGCGCAUGUGAAAAGGGUCCGGGAUCAACGGGACUACGAGUCAGCAAGGUACAGCGAGUCCAUCAGCUGAUGGAUUAGGUACGACCUUGGUGCGCCCAAUGAGCGGCUCCAAGUGGCCAAGGGGAAACUCUCCUGUCUGAUUUAGCCUCAGCCUCAACCAGCAAUUCGAAAAACUUCUUUGUCUGUACAGUGACAGGUAACGUUUUGUUUGAAGUUAAUCGGUUCCAUCGAUGGUCUUGUCUCUGGGAUAUUAUGACAUGGAACAUAGAACAGAAGAAAAUAGGACAGAAACAGAAACAGAUGGUAAGAGAGAGGACACGGGGGGAGAAGGGUCACUCAUCAGCAAGCAUGGAAGGCAACGCAAUCGUAAUCCUUCGAUGAACUGUCCGGCGGCUGUUUUCGGGCUUCGUUGCUUCGUUCGUUGGCAGUUGCCACAUGUUCUCCUCCCAUCCCGAUGCACGAGAUGAUGUUGACGCGCAGAUCGUCAAAGCCCGGGAGUGUUUGUCUGAAUAUAUCCUGUUUUGGACCGUUUUUCAUUUAUUUUCUGCUCUUCUUCUCUCUCUGCAUUUAAUCGAGAUAAUGUAUUUCUUACUGUAUGUAGAUCCCUAAUUACUACCGUAGAACUAGAACAUGAUCCCUUCCUUGCCACCGCUCUAGUGCCACCACCAGGACUCGACUCAUUUUUAGGUUUGGAUUUGACAGGUACCAAGUAC